AUGAGUAGUACCAAAAAAUAUCUAAGUGGCUCGGAAAAAAGAAAAAAAAAAGAACAGGAGAGACAAUUUACCUCAAAACUAACUAAAAUUAAAGGUUUCUUUACAGCUUCUAAUUCCGAACCUGUUACUUCAAUUGUUCUAAAUGAUACUCUUGACUUAGUUUUAAAAACUGAUAAACAGACAUCAGUUUUACCUCAUCUGGUACCUAGUUCAAGUACCUGUACAGAAAUUGAACCUGUUACUUCAAUUGUUCCAAGUGAUACUCUUGACUUAGUUUUAAAAACUGAUGAUCAGACAUUAGUUUUACCUCAUCUGGUACCAAGUUCAAGUAGCUGUACAGCAAUUGAAAAGUCUGAUUUGUUGACAGAUAACAUUGCUGAUCAUGAGGAAUAUUACAAAGAUCCAUUUAAGUGGCCAAAUAAUUUGAAUAAUAAAUUUAUAAGUUUCUGUCUCGAUAAAGGACCGACUUUUUUCCAAAAUAUGGAUAGCAAUUUUAGGCAAUCAGCACGUAUUAUAUCAGGAACUGAUCACACAAGAUAUAUUUCUUCUGCAGUUUUCUAUAGAAUGCUAUCCAAUGGAGAGAAAUGUAAUAGAAAAUGGUUGCUAUAUUCUCCAAGUAAAGGUUCUGUAUUUUGUUUUGUUUGUAAAUUAUUUGGUUCACUUCGAGAUAAUCCUUUUGUAAACAUUGGUUUUGAUAAAUGGAAAAAAAGUUAUAGAAUUGGUGAACAUGAAAAUAGUAUUGCACAUCGAGAAGCUACAAUAAAAUGGUUGAUACGGACAGAUACAACUAGAUCAGUUAAUACAGAAUUGUCUCGACAAAUAUCUGUUGAAACUGAAUACUGGGUUAAUAUUUUAAAAAGAGUGGUAUCUGUUGUUAAAUUUAUAGCUGCUAGAGGUUUACCGUAUCGAGGGGAUUCUGAAAUAAUUGGAAACAAUAAUAAUGGCAAUUAUCUUGGCAUAUUGGAAUUAAUUUCAGAAUAUGAUCCAUUUUUGAAAAAUCAUUUGGAAAAGUUUGGAAAUAAAGGAAAAGGGCACCCAUCAUAUAUUUCAAAAACUAUUUUCAAUGAAGUUAUACUUUUACUGAAAACUGAUGUUAUUUGCUAUAUUACUAAUGAGAUAAAAAUAUCUAAAUACUAUUCUAUUAUAAUGGAUUCUACUCCAGAUUUAUCAAAAGUGGAUCAAAUGGCUAUUGUUAUUAGAUAUUGUACAAAGUCAGAUGUACAAGAAAGAUUAUUGGAAUUGGAACCUAUUGAAAGUCAUACAGGUCAAUCAAUUUAUAAUGUUUUAGAAAAAUUUCUUUUAAAUGUUGGAUUGAAUAUUGAAGAUUGUAGAGGACAAUCUUAUGAUAAUGCGUCCAAUAUGAGUGGCAAGUUUAAAGGAUUGCAGGCACAUGUCAAAUGUAAAAAUGAUCUUGCUGUAUAUAUACCAUGCACAGCACAUUCAUUGAAUUUAGUUGGUGUUCACAGUGUGGAUUGUUGUGUCGAGGCAGUAAACUUUUUUGGCUUUUUACAAACAUUGUAUAAUUUUUUCAGCAGUUCUACGCAUAGAUGGAAAAUACUUACAGAUAAGUUAGAUACAAAUGAUAAACACCGGUUAAUUACACUUAAAUCGUUAAGUGGUACUAGGUGGUCGUGCCAUUCUGAAGCUUGUAAAGCAUUAAUUGGUAAUUAUGAAAAAAUCCUUGAAGCUCUACAAAAACUGUGUGAAAAUGUUAAUGAAAAUGGUGAAACAAAAAGAGAAGCUACAAUAUUAUGGAAAAAAAUGUUAAAAAGAGAGAUUGCUUAUCUUACAUUAUUAUGGAGUGAUAUAUUGGAGAGAAGCAAUAAAACUUCAAUUGAAUUGCAAAACAAACACUGUGAUGCAUUAAAAGCCGUCAACUUGCUAAAAUCGUUAAGGCAUUAUGUGUCAAGUUUAAGAGACUCUAGUGAGAUUUAUGAAAAUAAAAUCAUACACUUAAGUCAAUAUAUUGGCAAGACGUACAAGAAUGAAACUGAAAGAAUAAGAAAAAAAAAGUAUCCUGAUGAUAAUAGUGGUAGUAAAAAAGAAAUUAUAUAUAAAGGAAAGGACAAAAUGAGAGUUGAAACUCAUUAUGUUAUUAUAGAUAAAUUUGUUUUAGAACUUGAAAAUAGAAUUGCUGCAUAUAAUUAUAUUUCUACACAUUUUUUAUUUAUUACUAAAUUAAGUUGUCCACCAGAUUCAGAUAGUGCAAUCCAAGAGAGCAUAAGGAAUUGUAUUUUCACAUAUAAAAAUGAUGUUGACGCUUCACUUGAAAAUGAAAUUAUUCAAUUUCAAAAUUUUUUAAGUUUAAGUAAUGUAUCAUUUAAUGAAAGUGAUACUUUUAAGUUAUUAAAAUGGUUUUAUGAUAAAUCAUUGCAGGAUGUAUUCCCAAACAUUUUAAUUGCUCUUAGAUUAUAUUUAACUAUCCCAGUGGCCAAUUGUUCGGCCGAAAGAGCAUUUUCCAAACUAACAAGAAUAAAAAAUAAAUAUAGAACAAGCCAGACUCAAGACAAUUUGACAUCGUUAAUGAUAUUACAUUCAGAAAAUGAUAUUUUGCAAUUAAUAGAUUUUAAUGAAACAUUAAAACAAUUUGCAAAAGAGAAAGCAAGGAAAAAAUUAAAGUUAUAA